GGCCGGGGAAGGGGAGCCCGGAGAGACGUCGGGGGCCUCGGCGCGCGUCCGCGCCGCACACACCGGCGAAUCGUGUGUCAGACUCGUGGCAGGCAGAUUAGAGACGGCGGUCAGGGGGUCGGCAAGCGAGUCGUAGUUUAAAUUUUUGUUGUUAACGGUGUGCCGAGAGAAAAGAAGAAGAAGAAAGGGACGUAUAGGAGUGCGAGAGGAUCGUCGAAACACUUUUUUUUCCAUACGUAUGCGCACAUCCGAGCAAGCGAAUACAAACGCUAUACUAAACUCUCGGAACGAACGAGCGAGCGAAAACGAGUCUACGCGCACAGCCGGGUGAAAAAGAAGAGGAAAAGGAGGAGGAGGAGGAGGAGAGGAAAGAAAAUAAAGGAGAGGAAAAAUAGAGGAACGUUAGAGCGCGCACAUUGAGAAAGAGAGUGAAACGAUAAAUACAGCAGGAUGAACGACUCGGAGGCUUACGGCGACGGCUACAUGGAGCCUGAGGAGGAAUGGGAGCGCGAGGGACUCCUCGACCCCGCCUGGGAGAAACAGCAGAAAAAAACCUUCACAGCGUGGUGCAACUCGCAUCUACGAAAGGCCGGCACGAGUAUCGAGACGAUCGACGAGGAUUUCAGGAAUGGCUUGAAGCUUAUGCUCCUCCUCGAAGUCAUUUCCGGCGAGACCCUUCCGAAACCCGACCGCGGCAAAAUGAGAUUCCACAAGAUCGCCAACGUUAAUAAGGCCCUCGACUACAUUGCCAGUAAGGGUGUGAAACUGGUGUCCAUCGGCGCCGAAGAAAUCGUUGACGGCAACUUGAAGAUGACACUCGGCAUGAUCUGGACGAUAAUUCUGCGCUUCGCCAUCCAGGACAUCUCCGUCGAGGAGAUGACGGCCAAGGAGGGUCUGCUACUCUGGUGCCAACGAAAGACCGCGCCAUACAAGAACGUCAACGUUCAGAACUUCCAUCUGUCGUUCAAGGACGGCCUCGCCUUCUGUGCCCUCAUACACCGGCAUCGACCCGACCUCAUCGACUAUCACAAGCUCAGCAAGGACAAUCCACUGGAGAAUCUCAAUACGGCGUUUGACGUCGCUGAGAAGUACCUCGACAUUCCACGCAUGUUGGAUCCCGAUGAUAUGCGUAAUACAGCUAUGCCCGACGAACGAGCCGUUAUGACAUAUGUGUCGUCGUAUUAUCACUGUUUCAGUGGUGCUCAGAAGGCUGAGACGGCAGCCAACAGGAUCUGCAAGGUGCUGAAGGUAAACCAGGAGAACGAACGCCUGAUGGAGGAGUACGAGCGUCUCGCCUCGGACUUGCUCGAGUGGGUGAUGCGCACUAUGCCAUGGCUGAAUGGCCGUCAAACCGAUAACUCUCUCGCGGGUUGUCAGAAGAAGCUCGAGGAGUACCGGACGUAUCGUCGUAAGCACAAGCCUCCCCGCGUCGAACAGAAGGCCAAGCUCGAGACGAACUUCAACACCCUGCAGACGAAGCUGAGGCUAAGUAACCGACCGGCUUACAUGCCCACCGAGGGUAAAAUGGUCUCGGACAUCAAUAAGGCGUGGAAGGGCCUCGAGACCGCCGAGAAGGCCUUCGAGGACUGGCUACUCUCGGAGAUGAUGCGCCUCGAGAGGCUCGAGCAUCUCGCCCAGAAAUUCAAGCACAAGGCCGCCGCCCACGAGGACUGGACCGUCGGCAAAGAGAAGAUGCUCACCUCGCAUCACUUCAGGCAGUGCAAGCUCAACGAGCUCAAGGCCCUUAAAAAGAAGCACGAGGCUUUCGAGUCCGACCUGGCCGCUCAUCAGGAUCGGGUUGAGCAGAUCGCCGCUAUCGCCGAGGAGCUCAAUACGCUGGAGUACCACGACAGUGCUUCCGUUAAUGCAAGAUGCCAGAGAAUUUGCGACCAGUGGGAUCGUCUCGGUACUCUAACUCAGCGUAGACGUCAAGCUUUGGAUCAGGCCGAGCGCAUUUUAGAAAAAAUUGAUAUUCUGCACUUGGAGUUUGCCAAGCGUGCCGCGCCCUUCAACAAUUGGCUGGACGGUACGCGGGAGGAUCUAGUGGAUAUGUUUAUUGUGCAUACGAUGGAAGAGAUCCAGGGUCUGAUGGACGCUCACGCGGCCUUCAAGGCAACUCUAAGCGAGGCCGACAAGGAGUAUGUUUCCAUCGUUGGUUUGGUCCGCGAGGUCGAGUCUAUUGUCAGCCAUAAUCAAAUUCCUGGAGGACUCGAGAACCCCUACACUACGCUUACCGCUUCGAACCUUACCAACAAAUGGAACAACGUUAAACAAUUGGUACCACAGCGUGAUGGCACUUUGGCCGCUGAAUUACGCAAGCAGCAAAAUAAUGAGCUACUUCGUAGACAAUUUGCUGAGAAAGCAAAUGCCGUUGGACCGUGGAUUGAACGGCAAUUGGACGCUGUUACAGCUAUUGGUCUUGGACUACAGGGUACAUUAGAGGAUCAACUCCAUCGACUAAAGGAAUACGAGCAAGCGGUGUAUGCCUACAAAGCUCAUCUCGAGGAGCUCGAGAAGAUUCACCAGGCUGUGCAGGAGGGCAUGAUAUUCGAGAAUCGUUACACGCAAUACACUAUGGAGACGUUACGCGUUGGAUGGGAGCAGCUGCUCACCUCCAUCAAUCGUAACAUUAACGAGGUCGAAAACCAGAUCCUCACGCGUGAUUCCAAGGGAAUAACGCAGGAGCAGCUAAGCGAAUUCCGCAGUAGUUUCAACCACUUCGACAAGAACCGAACGGGCAGGCUCUCACCGGAGGAAUUCAAGUCCUGUCUCGUGUCGCUCGGCUACUCGAUCGGUAAAGACAGACAGGGCGACAUUGACUUCCAGCGUAUACUCGCUAUUGUCGAUCCCAACAAUUCCGGCUACGUGCAAUUUGACGCCUUCCUCGACUUUAUGACCCGCGAAUCAACGGAUACCGACACCGCCGAGCAGGUCAUCGACAGUUUCCGCAUUCUGGCUGGUGACAAGCCUUACAUACUAGCCGAUGAGUUGAGGAGGGAAUUACCGCCAGAUCAAGCCGAAUAUUGCAUUCUGCGAAUGCCACCCUACAAAGGACCGAACGCCGCUCCAGGAGCCUUGGAUUACCGCUCGUUCUCCACCGCCUUAUAUGGCGAGUCGGAUUUAUAAAGUCAAGCGAUAUAAACACGCAAACACGGACA